AGGUGUGUCGCCGGGAUGACGUCACGCCCCUACCUGAGUUUCGGUGAAGGGGAAAAAAAACAUCGGAUUCUUUACGGUUUUUUCUCGAGAUAACCAAUUGUGUCGCUGCUGCUGUCUUCGUUUUUAAUCAGCCUGUCUGGCCGAGGCAACCGCGGGUCAACGUUGAUAGCGGUGAACCCUCGCAGAGGUCGGGUUUUCACGGGAAACGCAGGGUUUCGUUCACAGCUGGUGGCGUCUCCAACUUCCUGCUUCAGCACAGCCGGCCGGGAUGUCGGUGACCCCUCGCCGCGUCCGCCUCAAGCCGUGGCUGGUGGCCCAGGUGGACGGCGGCCGGUACCCGGGCCUGCAGUGGCUGGACCGGGACGCCAUGCGCUUCAAGAUCCCCUGGAAACAUGCCACCCGACACACGCCCCAGCACGAGGACGAGGACACCAUAUUUAAGGCGUGGGCCGUGGAGACUGGGAAGUUCCAAGAGGGAGUCGAUGAACCUGAUCCUGCAAAGUGGAAAGCCCAGCUCCGAUGCGCCCUCAACAAAAGCAGAGAGUUUAAACUAAUUUACGACGGCACCAAAGAGGUCCCCAUGAACCCUUUGAAAAUAUACGAUGUCUGUGACAUCCCGCAACCUUCCAGUAACCAAGGUACGUCGGAGGCUGGUUCGUGGACACCAUACGAUGAUGAUGGUGGUGACGAAGAUCCCAACACACCAGAAUCUCUUCCUCCAUACCCAUCAAAUGGUACCAGUCCAUCUCCACUUAUAAUGUGGUCUCCGAUGGGUUCAGAUUCAUCCAUGCAGCCUCCAAGUUGUCCCCCUUCAAAUGAGGUCUGGCCCAAAGAGGAGCCUGUGGAUGUGGAGAUGCAGCCCACACCCAUGAGUGACAUGCCCCCUGCUCCUCUUCCCACACUGCAGCCCCCUCCUCUAUCUGAAGGCUUGUUUGCCUCCCCAGAAAUGUGGAUCAGUUCCCUCCCCAUGACAGACCUGGAGGUGCAGUUCCUGUACAGGGGGAAGGAGAUGUGUCCCACUAUGAAUGUGAGCAACCCACAGGGCUGCAGGCUGUUUUACGGGGACCUCGGUCCCAUGGUCAAUCAGGAGGAGCUGUUUGGGCCAGUGAACCUGGAGCAGCUACGCUUCCCAACCACAGAGCACAUUACCAAUGACAAGCAGAGGCUCUUCACCAGCCGCCUUCUGGAUGUGAUGGACAGAGGUUUAAUCUUGGAGGUCAGUGGCCAUGACAUCUACGCGGUCCGUCUCUGCCAGUGUAAGGUUUACUGGUCAGGCCCCUGCGCCCCAAACCCAGCUGCACCAAAUCUUAUAGAGCGGCAGAGGAAGGUCAAACUCUUCUGUCUGGAGUCUUUCCUUAGUGGUGUGAUCGCUCACCAGCGUGGCCAGACACCAAUCCCUCCUCAGUUUGAAAUCAGCCUUUGUUUCGGAGAGGAGUGGCCUGACGGAAGACCAAGAGAGAGAAAACUCAUCCUGGUCCAGGUGAUUCCUGUUGUUGCCCGAAUGAUAACUGAGAUGUUUUCUGGAGAUAAUACCCGAUCGUUUGACAGCGGUAGCGUUCGUCUACAGAUUUCGGUCCCGGAUGUCAAAGACAACAUAGUGACGCACCUAAAGCAGCUGUACUGCCUGCUGCAGACCCACCAGGGCCAGGAUGGCUGGGCUUUGGUUCCUGGCACUGGGCUGAACAUCACCCAGGCUCUGCAGGCUCAGUGAAGCAGUCCACACUGCAAACUCCUCCGCCUCUGUAUGCUGGAGACUGCUUCUGACACUUACUUGCUAUUAGGAAAGAAGUACUUGCAUGUAUCUAGAAGUGUGUGUAUAAUGUACUGUAGCAAUAGUAUGCUUUUGAUUAUCUCUCUUGUUAAGCUGUGCUAAGAAAAUGCUUUUUAUAUAUAAAGAUUGAGGUUUGGAUCACUGCAUGGUGUGUGCAGAAACAAAAGAAAAAAAGUGGAUGUGGUAGCUGCAUGUUCCAAAGUCCUGCUUGCUGCAGAGGAACAUUUGUUGAGUUAAUGAGUUACAGAUAUUACCCCAGGUCUUAUUUAUCCACAGCAGGUCGGUGAUUUCCUGACUCUCCUAGAAGCUGUCAGCCUGGAAAUGAGCAAUAAUGCCUGUCAUCUUUUGACUUUUAUUGACUUGAGGGACUAUAUCUAACAUCGAAUUUCUGUGUUUAAGAAAAAAAAAUAAAAUACAGAUAAAUGUGAAAUAAAGCACAGAAGGAUUAUUCUACAGUCCACACAACAAUCACAGGUAUACAGAUAAUACAGUACAGUGGUCUACGCCGAGGUUCCUUAUAACUGGGUGUAUAGUUGUUUUGUUUUUUUUGCAGUUAUGAGUUUAAUAUGCAGAUAGUCUUUUAGUCAUUUUAUUUUUUGAUUCUCAAUGUAGGAUAUUUUCAUAGUUAUACAUUUCCUUUUAAGCUACAUAUUGUAUCCACACAGUCUUUUUAACUGAACACUCGGCGACAUGGGUCUCUUUUUAAACAAAUUUAAAUGCACUUUAAGUGCUGAAAUAGGUUUUAUACCUCUUUGAGUGUACAUACCCUGUGAUUACAUGUUUAUUUUAUCAAUAAAAAAAUAUUAAACAUU